AUGUCGGUCACUCCAUCCAAGUCGGCACCUCCCAAACAAGACGUUGCCAAGGACAAAAAAGAGGAAGACAAGAAACAAGUAACAGCUAUUUCUGCGGAGAAGAAAGGUCCUUUGCUUAAAAGUGCAGAGAAAAGAGAAGCUGACAAGAAGAAGAGGAAAGAGAGAGUUGCAAAAAGGCAAAAAAUGAAGGAGAAUGAUAUCCUCAAAAGCGACAACUUCACGUGGCACAUAAAUAAGUUGCUGGGUUCUGGUGGCUUUGGAGAUGUUUACAAAGUAGUAAAAGAAAAUGAUGCCGAUAAAAAGGAGUACGCAAUGAAAACAGAAAUGUGCGAGGGCGACAAGCGCAUGCUUCGUUUGAAAGUUGAAGUACGCGUACUCGGACUCUGUCUAAAUGUUGAAAAUCCCGAAAAGCGGAAGCAUUUCAUAGAUCUCAUUGAUCGAGGGAAAACGGAAAAAUUUAAGUUCAUGGUAAUGAGUUUGGUGGGUCCAUCACUAGAAGAUAUUCGCAAGAACAUAGUCGGCCGGAAUUUUUCCAAAUCAACGAGCAUGCAGGCUGCAUACCAAACAUUGCAAGCAAUUGGCGAUCUUCACGAAAUCGGUUACCUACACAGGGACAUAAAACCUCAAAACUUUGCUAUAGGAUUAGGUGAAGAUGAGAAAACAAUAUACAUGCUUGAUUUUGGAAUUGCCAGAAAGUACACAGUGGGAAACACUAAGCAAGUCAAAGUUCCUCGACUUCAAGUAAAGUUUCUGGGAACGCUCCGAUUCGCUUCGCGAGCGUGUCACAACGGAAUUGAACAAGGCAGAAAAGACGAUCUGGAGACUUGGAUUUACAUGGCGUUUGACCUAAUCGAUGACGAAUGUGGAAUUCCUUGGAAGCGUUUGCCUGACCGAACACAAGUCGUGGUCUACAAAGAGAAAUUUUUUCGAUUUCACUUUCCCAGAUGUUAUCGCUUGGUACCCAAUGAGUUUAAACGCAUAUUAGAAUAUGUAAACGGCAUGACAUUUGCGGAGGAGCCGGAUUACAUCUAUAUGACCCACUCGCUUAGAUCGAUAGCAAAAGAAAAUAAAAUUGACAUGGACAGAAAAUUAGACUGGAUAGGUAGAUCAAAAGGUGACAAACCGCCUACAGCAGAGGAAGAUACGUCAUCUGAUAACAAAAACACUGGAUCUGACGACUCGGAGGAUAGCGACAGAAUUUCAAGAGGGGGAAAAAGCAAAAUUCGUAGAAAAUCGGUCGACAAACUUAGUAGCGAUAGUAGAAAAAGGGGCAGCACUAUUGGAAGAAAGAAACUCGAAGGGGUGGCGCUUCAUUUAUCAUCUAUUUACAUAUUCACACUCGGUCAAGCUGCUCUCGAUGCUAGUCACGAUUCAUCGCUGUCUAUUAGAAUACUAAUUGCUUUUUAUUGUACUAACAAUGUGACAAUCUGGAGCAGAAAAUUAAUUUUAUGUGUUUACCACACAGAAGAAAAUCACAGUCAUUACACUACAUACCCUCGACGUCAAUCCCUAAGUUACAUUUGCAAAGUAGAGUGUUGUGGUGCGGCCGCCUCGCUUUGGGCUCGCGCCACCUUGCGAGCGCAUGAGUUGGCAUGGCGUGGCAACAGGAGCAACGAAGAAACGUUGCUCUUGUUGCCACGUUUGAACGUGUUGUGGCGCCACGUUGUUUUUAGCGCCACAUCAUGUUUAAACGAUGCUUCAGCAACGUGGCGCGAGCGCAAAGCGAGGCGGCUGCACCACACCACUUCACUUUGCAAAUGUAACUUAGGGAUUGACGUCGAGUAUAAUCAGUUAAGAUCAUCGGCUCUUGUGUGGAGGUGGAGUCUUGCCAGUGAGAGGAAGAUAUACAGCUAUCCCAUAGCUGGUUCCGAGAUAGAGCGCGAUUUACGAUUGAAGCAGGGUUUCCUUCCUUAG